AUGUUGGUGAGAUAUCUACGGAGACCAAUCGCAAUUAUCGGUCUAUUUUCAGUAGUCGUUUUACUGGCUAUGUCAAGCUAUCUGUUUGAUUUAGACCUAACGCCAUAUUAUGACCGUAAGGCAUAUGGACAGAAAGUGGCUCAAGGCGAUUUCAUUCCAGAUAAACAGGUUGAUCUUAGCAAAGGAUACUCAGCUGAGGAUCCUAGUAGAAAUGAAGAUGCCAAAAAUCCACUAUUUGACGAAAAACUAGAACCUGACGGUGGGUUGUCGAGACUCACUGAGACGGACAAGCGAGUACCAGCAACUUUAAUGUCACUGGUUCGCAAUAAAGAAGCAGAUGAUCUUAUGGCCACUAUUGUUCAAAUAGAAAGUGCCUUUAAUAAUAAAUUCAAUUAUCCGUGGACAUUUUUCAAUGAUGAGGAGUUCACCGAAGAUUUCAAAACAUCGGCUCUGGCAGCCACUGGCGGUAACUGUACAUUUGUCAAAAUUGAACCAGAAGACUGGAUGGAGCCUAGUUGGAUUGAUGUCGAUAAAGCAAGAGAACUGGGUAUUAAAAUGAAGAAUAAAGACGAUGUUCAAUAUGCGGAUUUGCCUUCGUAUCAUAGAAUGUGCAGAUGGAAUUCUGGUCGCUUCUUUAUGAAUCCUGCUCUCGACAAUUACGAUUAUUACUGGCGAGUGGAGCCUAAAACCGAUUUCUACUGUGACAUCGAUUACGACAUAUUUGCAUAUAUGAAAGAAAAUGACAAAGUAUACGGAUUCGUCAUUAACCUAUACGACUCUCCUCAAUCCAUCCGCACCUUGUGGCCAACAACAAAAGAGUUUUUUGAACAGAACCCUGAAUACCUGCACCCCAAUAAUGCCCUCCAGUGGGUCGUCAAUACUGGGCGCGAGGGUCAUACUAAAAAGGCCAAUGGAUACUCCACUUGCCACUUUUGGAGUAACUUCGAGAUAGGAAGUCUGGAGUUUUUCCGGUCCAAACCUUAUCAAGACUACUUCGACUUCCUUGACAAAAACGGCGGUUUCUUCUACGAACGUUGGGGUGAUGCCCCAGUGCACAGCCUGGGACUGGCUAUGAUGGCCGACAAGUCCAAAAUCCACUAUUUCAAGGACAUUGGCUAUCAGCAUUUCCCGUAUUUCAACUGUCCAGCUUCGCCGAAAUGUAAAGGUUGCGACGCUGGCAAGUUCACCGGUAUCGACUCGCUCAACACUGAGAGCUGUAUGUCGGAAUGGUUCAAGGCCGCUGGCACGGGCUGA